GGCUUUCCUUGUUGUUGCACUUAGUUUUCGGAUGGCUUCCACGGUAAACCAUGGUGAAAAGCAAAAGCAGCGGCCCAAAGUCGAGCAGUGGCACCAAAAAGAAACAGGUGAAAGAUGAUGGAACAGAUGAGGCUGCAGGGCACUUGGGCGAUCUGCUGGGUGAAGGGGCUGGCGAAGACAAGUUCUCUGUGUCCACAAAGUAUGCCAAAAAGUUCAAUGAGCAGAAGGGAAAGAUUGAAUCCGCAAGGGCGGCGCGCAUUUUGGCGGAUGAAGAUGCGGUAAGCAGUUCAGAGGAGUCCUCUGAAGAUGAGCAGGCAGAAUUGCUCACAGGGCAAGUUGCAUCGAAGAUAUUUCAGACGCUCUCCAAGAUCAAAGCGAAGGAUCCCAGCAUCUACGACGGCAGCGCAACCUUCUUCGAUGACAAAGACUUUCAGGAGGAGAGCACGGCCAAGCCUAAGAAAGAUAAGAAGAUGACAUACUCCAACUUUCUUAGGGAAACUCUUCUAGAAGAGGGUGCAGAUGCUAUUGCGCGUGAAGAGGAUGCAAUGGCGUUGAAGAAGACAAGGAAGACUCCAGCUGAAGAGCAGCGGCAUUUACAAGACGAGAUCCGAUCAGCAGCGCAAUCUGUGGAAGAAGGUGAUGAUCUGUUUUCGCUCAAGGAGCAAAGCCCGGAGGAAAAGGAAAAGCUGGAUCAGGAAUUUGCGCAGUUCCAGCACAAAUCGCAGCACCGAGGAGACAACGCCGAGGAAGUAAUGGCCAACUACUGGCGGGCUGACGAAGAUCUGGAUGAGAACGAGCGCUUUUUGCGGGAUUAUCUCAUGAAUCGGCAAUGGCUGGAAACCGACUCCCUGCAAACCGGGGCGAAGAAAGAAGUAUUUGAUGAAGAAAGCUCAGCAGAAGAUGCGGACCACCUUGAAGAGGCUGAUGAGUUUGAGAAGGACUACAACUUUCGCUUUGAGGUAGAAGAAGGCUCGCAGAUCCAAGGCCACGCUCGUUUCCCGGAGAACUCGGUCCGCGAGAGAAGUGACAAGCGGAAGCGCCAGCGCAAAGAGAAGGCAGAGAGGAAAGCAACCGACAAGGUGCGCCGGGCCGAAGAGUUGAAGAGAUUGAAGAAUCUGAAGAAGCAGGAGAUCAUUCGAAGACUGGAGCAGAUUCGAGAGGUCACGGGGAAUGAGGACACCGGGCUCGAGGCAGGGAUGCUUGAUGCAGAAUUCGAUCCGCGCGAGCACGACGAGACCAUGGAACAAAUAUUGGGCUCAGAUUACGAUGAACGCCAAGAAGCGCUGUCUUCAAAGGAGUUGGUUGACGGAACGGCACUCGGGGAAUUGGACGUGUCAACUGCCGCGGUGGAAAGUUUGCAGAAGAACUGGGGCAUCGGACAUCAGCAGGAGGACGAAGCACCUGAUGAGGAAUGGGAAGGCAACAAAGUAGAGGAGGCAAAAGAUGAGGAAGAGGAGGAGGAGGAGGACCCGGAGCUCUGGUUCCUUUGCGACGGGUGUCAGAAGCCCAUCCCGGGCGGGAAGCGCCGCUUCGAUUGCGCGGUCUGUGAGAAUUUUACACUAUGCAUGAAGUGCUUCCGCGUUCGGCGACACCCGCACAAGUUUGUGCGAAGAAAAGUUCCGGAGCGCUGCCAGCCCCCCGAGGACUUCAAAGGUAAGCAGCUGGAGACGGGUGAUGCAGGUACUGAUAAGUCCAUAGAUGAGUACUUCCAGCUGGACUAUGAGGACAUCAUUGGCGGAGACCUACCAACUCGAUUCAAAUAUCGAAAGGUGGAGCCAAAUGACUUUGGCAUUCCCGCCAAUGUGAUUUUGGCCAAGUCAGGCAGCGAGCUGAAUAGAAUGGUCUCCUUAAAGAAGCUGCGCCCCUACCGAGAUGAGGGUGAGGCAGAGGGUGGCAAGACGGGCAAAGGAAAGGGCAAAGACGGCAAGGGACGUGGUAAAGGAGGAGGUGGCACUCAGGAGGGCAAGAAUCGACGCCCACAAAGGAGUGCAGCUGGCAGUUCAACUGACACUGUAAGCUCAACCCGGUUUAAAGCCUACAACCUGGAGGGCGACAAAUUCGCAGGCAAGAAGCCUCGCUUUCAUCACAAGAAAAACAAGAAAGGAAAGUCCAAAGACUAGAGGCAAUCAUGUGACGUGCUGAUCGAGGCCUUCGCGGUGAUGCUGAGCUCGCCGGAGUUCGCGCAGAACACACUUUUGCUCCAGAAAUCAACGGCGAUUGGCCGAAAGCGCCGGCAUCAAGAAGUCCGGCCGGGUCAUGCUCCGUUCUCACGUUCUGACCUCUUGCAGGAGGAAAAAAAAUAUAAAAGGGC